ACAUCUAACAAGCUAAAGUUGUUAAGUUUUUAAUGCAGACCGUUUAAUAGUUAUUAAUUAUUAUGAUUAGUUAAACACUGGACGUUAUUGAUAAAUGUCAAAUAAUAAUAUUAUACUGGUUUGGUUUCUGACAACAGCUAGAAUUAAUGUUCCUACUUUUUCUCAAAUUUCUAGUAUACGUUCAUAGAGUGUGCAAUAUAAAUUAUAUUAGUUGCAAAACAGUCAACUUACAAACAUUUUAGUACUAUUGAAUCUCAUCCAAAGGCUGUGUAAUAUGGAUUCCAUUAUAUUAUUUUAAAUAUAAGCCAUCAUUACUGUAUUUUGUACUGAAGUACAUACUGAAUUAGUGUUAAACUGAAAAACCCUAUUAAAAUGAUUGUCCAAACAGUUGGAUUUAAAGUGUUUUCUUCAAUCUUGGUGUUAACAAGCAUAACUUUGGUGCAGAAUGUCUAUUCAUCAAGAGUAUUAGAAAUGAAUGAUCGGUUUUUAGAAGUCAAGGAUGAAGGAAACUGGUUUAUUAUGUUUUAUGCACCGUGGUGUGGCCAUUGUAAGCGACUAGAACCUAUAUGGCUCCUCGUCGCUCAAGCUUUACACAACACUGACAUCAGGGUCGGUCGUAUAGAUUGUACGAGGUACAAAGGAGUGGUAUCGGAGUUUGGACUAAGAGCUUACCCUACAAUACUCUUUAUUAAAGGGAACGAAGGAAGGUAUAAUUUUGAUGGUGAACGAUCAACAGAAGAAUUGGUUCAUUUUGCUAAACGUAUGGUUAGACCACCAGUACAAGAAGUUACUGAUAGUAGCGAUAUUGAAAUGCUGAAACAAUCACAGAAACACUUUUUCAUGUUUAUAGGUGAUAGCAAAGGACACUUUUGGGAUCUCUAUUACGACUUGGCAAAACAGUUCCAACCGCAUUCGUAUUUCUAUAUUACUUCUGAAAAUAAGGGAAAACAGCACUUUUUAUUCGGAGAGGCUCCUACAGUGGUCGUGUUUAAAGAAGACCAACAUUAUCCAUUUAAUGCUAAAGAAUGGGAUAUGGACGUCAACGCGAGUCUAACUCGUUGGGUUAAUACCGAACGAUUUAAUACAUUUGUUAAAGUAACUCGAUCGAAUAUUCACCAAGUUUUUGAAACAAACAAGUAUUUAGUUUUAGCCAUUGUAGAAGAAAGCAAAAGACCAAGGGUGCCUUUAGACCACUCGCAAUUUUUAAAAAUGGUGGAAUCAGUCAUUGUCCAAAAUAGAGAUCGGUUUCAUCGUGAUUUUCAAUUUGGCUGGAUCGGUUCCCCGGAGUUUGCAAAUGCAAUUACGUUAAGUGAAGUUCCUGUUCCUUCUCUGAUCAUAUUCAAUUCUACAACAAGACAUCAUCAUUUCCCCGACGAACAACCAUAUGAGUUAACGCCAGAAUCGAUCACCAUAUUUCUUGAAGCUGUCCGAAAUCAAUCAGUAAAGACAUAUGGAGGAAGUGGAUUUUUUAUACAAGUGUAUAGAAUGUAUUAUGAAACCAAAACGUCGUUGGUGAAUAUUUGGACUGGAAAUCCUGCAGUUGCCUGUGUUCUGUUUGGAUUACCAAUGAUAUUUUUGCUAUUGAUUAUUUAUUCAACGUGUUGCACGGACAUUAUGGAUGCUAGCGAAGAGGAUGAAGAUGACGAUGAAAAUCACGAAAAGAAAGACUAAAUGGGUUGAUUAAUCUUUCGAGCAAUUAUUUUUCUUCAAAAUGAACUGAAAAUAUUGAGGAUCUUGAAAAGGAAAAUAUACAUAUUAAAAACAUGUUAUGUAUGUAUAAUAUGUUAAUUUUUCGACUUCAGAAGUAUUUAUCUGAUAUAAGUUCACAAAGUCGUCUUCAACGUGGUUGUGUAGUAAUAUUUAACAAAAUAUGUUACGUUAGAAGGAUUAUAUUAUACAUUAUUAUAGUAUAACAUCAUUGAAGUUAUCGAUACCUGAAUUAAAUCAAGUCAUGUAUAACUGUAGAAAAUUGCUGUUUAUUGUAGCAUAUGUUAUUAGCCAUUAAGUUUGUAAUUGAUGAUUUCAAUUCAAAUUUUUAGUUAUUAGAUAAAAUAUUAGUACAAUAUUAUUAUAAAUCGCUUUUUGAUUAAUGUGUGUGUCAUAGUAUGGUUAUUUAUUAUA